GCAGAAGCAGACAGCAGUUUCCCUCAGAGAGCCUCAGAAUAGAAAUGCAGACAGCUGGUAUCAGAGCUCAGGCUUGGAAUUGUGUGCCCAUCCAUUCCACAUCUGCAUUUGGAAUUCUUGCCACACCAUGGAGCUAAAGGAAAGGAGUUUCAGCUUAGUGAAUGAACCAGAGGAAAAACCCUGCCCUGGGAAAAAGAUACUGCUCCUUACAGUGGCCUGUGGGUCAUAAGAGUGAUAAGAAUGAGGAUGGGCUAUCAUGGCAAUAAUGCGACAGGAUGCUGGGGUAAAGGUCUCCUUCUCCCAGCUGAACACCCUCGGUGCUGCAAAUCCAAGACACCAAUACAUUCUGACUCACAGCGCAAAGCUGGACCCUGAAAGGCUUGGCUCUUUCUCAGAUCAUCUGUCCACAAAAAGUGACAUCAGUUUCACUUUCUGGUUUCAGUUUCUUUUCUGUGGGGUCAGCUGCAGGGGAACAGGAAAGGAAACCAACAGCUGCUGUUAUAUAUGGCUCUGCAGCACUUCAUUAGGAGUCUGAGGAGGAGACUGUCUGGAGCGUGCUGCAGCCUUCACUGAAUCCUGCAACACAGCUGAGAGAUCGCAACCAUGAGCACUGCCACCGAGAAAUCCUUGGAGAGCAGGCUACAGCAGCUAAAAUGCCAUUUCACCUGGAACUUGAUAGCAGAAGAUGAGUCCUUGGACGAGUUUGAGGACAGGGUAUGUAACAAGGAUGAGUUUCAGAACGGUGAAUGUAAAGCCACCAUGUGCAACAUACUGGCCUAUGUAAAGCACUGCAGAGGUCAGAAUGAGGCCGCGCUGAAGUGCUUAGGGGAAGCAGAAGACUUCAUCCAGCAACAGCAUCCUGACCAAGUAGAAGUCAGGAGUCUGGUCACCUGGGGAAACUAUGCUUGGGUUUACUAUCACAUGGGCCAGCUCUCAACAGCACAGGCUUAUCUUGACAAGGUGAGACAGGUCUGUGAGAAGUUUUCCAGUCCCUACCGGAUGGAGAGUCCUGAGCUUGACUGUGAAGAAGGGUGGGCCCGAUUGAAGUGUACCCAAAACCAAAAUGAGAGAGUGAAGGUGUGUUUUGAGAAGGCUCUGGAAAAGGACCCGAAGAAUCCAGAAUUCACCUCUGGAUGGGCCAUCGCAAACUACCGCCUGGACUACUGGCCAGCACGGCAGGACUCCGUUGACUCUCUGAAGCAAGCCAUGAAAUUGUCUCCUAACAACUCUUAUGUUAAAGUCCUCUUGGCACUGAAGCUUGAGAUGGUGACGCAUGGAAACCAAGGAAAGGAACUAGUUGAAGAAGCAUUAAGGAACGCCCCAGAAGCAGCGACAGAUGUACUGCUCAGUGCAGCCAGGUUUUAUUACAAGAUACAUGACCAGGACAGAACUAUACAGUUGCUUAAAAAGGCUUUAGAAUCUCUGCCAAAUAAUGCCUAUGUGCAUUACCAUAUUGGGUGCUCCUAUAGAUCAAAAGUCCUUCAAAUAGUUAACACAAGAGAAAUUGCAUUGAAUGGGAAUAGAGAGAAGUUACACGAACUAAUGCAACUAGCAAUUGACCACUUAAGGAAAGCUGAGGAGAUCAAGGAGAUGUGCGAACAUUCUUGUGGCUAUCUUGCUGGUCUUUAUGCCAUGAUACACCACCAUGAAGAGGCUGAUUAUUACUUCCAGAAAGAAUUCAACAAGGAGCUUACUCCUGGACUUAAACAGUUGCUCCACCUACGGUACGGCAAUUUUCAGUUUUUUCAGAUGAACCAUGAAGAUAAGGCCAUCCACCAUUAUAUGGAGGGUGUAAAAAUAAGGCAGGAGACGAAGGCUAAAGAAAAGAUGAAAAGUAAACUUCAAAGAAUUGCCCAAAAGCGACUCUCUAAAAAUGAAUUUGAUUCUGAGGCCUUGCACAUCUUGGCCUUUCUUCAAGAGUCGAUGGAAGAAAGCCAGCAAGCUGCCAAAAACUCUGAGAGGGAAGUGGACUCUGAAAAGCCUGUUCCUUCAGCAUCUUUGCAUGAGGAAGGGGAUGAAUAGUACUGAUGUGGUACUCACAGAGCUACUGCUGGAAGGAAAUUGUCAACCCUUAUCAAGUCGUCAUUCAAAAUAUUUAACAACAUCAUGGAAUAAGCACGGACUAGCACACUGGCUAUAGUAUUGUCAGGGCUAUUGGGAACCCUACUCUCAGAUGGCAGUGCCUGAAUUGCUGGAUCAGGGAGAGCUCUGUGAAGGGGACCAGUUGGAAGCAUAAAUACAGGGGCUGGCAAACAGCCUAGAUCUCUUUCUAUUUCUUAGAAAUGGUUUCCAUGGUAGCAGUUCCUUAAUCACCCUCUGUGGAGGCUAGCCUUAGGUUUGUUUCUAUGUUUAUACAAAGCAGCCAGUUCCUCAUAUGGGUGAAUUUUCCAUCCUUGGAUUAUUUUAGAUAUUGCACAGCCUUGCUCUACAUAGAAAACAAUGUCUAUCAAGAAGCCGAGGAGCCAGGGGCAGUGGCUCAGGACUAUAAUCCCAGCACUUGGAAGCUGAGACAGGGGGAUUACAGUGAGUUGGAGGUCAGCCUGAGCAUGACCUGGAAAGGGAUGUGGAGGGUGAUGAGAAUUAUAGAUGUAAAUAAUUAAUGAUUAUGUGCAUGAUCUACGAUAGUGGCAACUGAAAUAUUUAUUUCAAACUCAUGUGGAAACUCCAGUGGAGACCAGAUGAAGAGAAUGCUGAGUUAUCCUUGAUGAUUACAAACCCAUGAAGAAAAAGUUUAUAAUCACUAUUAGGAAAAAGUCUCUGUCAAAUGAGUACUUCUUUAAAAAAAAAAAUGCUCUAAUGAACCCAUAUGAUGGAAGCUAGGAAGGCCGCUGAAUAGGAGAAUAUCUUGGUGACUGAAAGCCUGGAUGAAGGACGUAGAAAAUGGCAUGGGUAGUGGGGGGCAAUUUUUUCCUCCAUUAGAAAUGUUGCACCCUAAGAAAUAUAAAAACUUCUUUUAACACUGAGAAAAUACUCAGGAAUGUCACAAAAUUGGUAUUUGGCAUUUCCUAGGUAGAUCUUGAAUGAUUUAAACAUUAAGAUUGGUGUGAAGUAUCACAGAGUCAGCUGGCCCAGCAUGAGGCUGUCAGGCACUCUCUGGGGUAGAAAAUGUUUCUCUACUUUUAAAUGUAUAUUAACAUUUUAUUCAGCAAUUAAAAUAUAUUAGAUUCAUAGAUUGUUAAAACCAAAUAUUCUAACAGCUGUAACAAAGUUCCAUGUUAUUUUAAAUAAGAGAAACUUUUGUAUGUGGGGGCUGGAGAGGUGGC